AUGGAUCCCACGGCGAAACCCAUGCCCACUGGGUCCAUUUACGAUAGCGACAACAAAUGCGCCAAUGGUUACGUCCAUGUAGAAGCACCAACGCCGUCAAGUUACGCGAUCCAAGAACACGCCACCGAGAAGCGAUCCAGCGACGACAGUCAAAGCAUAUGUCACCCCAGUGAGCUUCUUGGGCUCAGCCCUGAAGGCCACAGUAGUGUUGCCGCCCGUCGCAAGCCCAGGGCCGCCCACACAGGCGAUAACCCGGCCGAUGAUCAAGGCGGUGGAAUCUGGCGCGGUGCCAGAGACCUGGCUGCCGAUCUCGAGGAUGCAGACGGCCACUUACAGACAAACGUCUUUGAAAUUUUCCAGUUGCAAACCCCGUUGGAGAAGUUAUACAAAUUGUACGCCGUCUACAGCGUGAAACUGAAGAAAAGAAAGCGGACAGGUACUCUUGUUUUGAAGGCGACUUUCGUCAGACGAUAG